GUGACGGCGACCUUGACGGACACGAAGCGCAAAAUUUGUGCCCAGUUCGGAAUAUCGGCCGAGAAAAGUCUAUUUCUAAAGGCUAUGAAAAAGUGAGGGACUGAGAAGAAUACUGAAUAAAAACUACUCGAAGUUUGAACAAAGCAAUCGAUAUAGAAAACUUUAAAUAAUUAAAUGUUUCAAAAUGUGAGUUUGGACCAGAAAUCUAUAAACAUUAUUAUUUGUAAAUAAAAACACUAACAAUUUCCACAUAAAAUCUUUAACGGAACAAAAAACUAAACCUAAGCUUGAUAAAAUUACGUGUAAAUCAUCUGGAGCAAAUAAGCAGACACUGGUGCCCGUCAUGAAUAUGGAGAAAUAAAUAAAACAAGUAAGCAGAUGAUCAGCUGAAAUGCAAGAAGGAUUACAUACGCUUAGAAGCAGAAUAUUUAAACAUCAUUUGCUACAAAAAGAGACUUAUCACAAUCGAUCCGUCCCUGCCUGAGAAUCGCUAACGAAAAUAACCCCAAAUCUGUCAAGCAUCAACUCAUAGUAGCGGAGUGAACUAUGACCGGUGAAUGCGUCUAUUACAAGCAGAUGCCAAUAGAGCCGUGAAAUAAAAAUACCCACUUCUUAACCCCACGUGAAAUCUAGGAUUAGGAAAUUUUCUCAAAGGCGCACGCAGACUUUCUUUUACGGUAUUAAUUUGCUGUGGCAAAAAGUUGCCAAAAUAACAAGAAUUUACACAUAGAUUGAAAAAACCUCAACAACAACCAAACGCAUUUCCUAUUUCAACUAACGUUUAUGCCACACGCAUUGCUGACGUCGCUCUUAGAGGCGCACGGACGCAAUGUUGCCGGCAACAUGGUGCGUGUGCAACAUUUAGCUACGGUAUUACUGUGCUUGAGCAUAUGGCAGAACAAUGCCACAUCAAUAAUAGAAAAGGUAGCAGCAAGAGCAACAACAAUAGGGGUACGAGACCAUCACUCCGCGCUUGUCAGCACAUACGAUGAUUUAGAAUCGAUCGCCGCCUCAGCUGCACUGGAUACCACGCAUGGUGGCGAAAUAAUGGGUGCCACAUCUUUAGCUGCAGCCGCCGGUGCAGCAGUUGCUAUGGCCAGUGAGAUAGCUGCAAAUGCUGGUAGCAAUAACGCCAACUCGGAGGGGCGCGUCCCGUUGGACACGGCUGCGGCUGUUGAUAGCGACAUUGAUGUUGGUUCGUUUGGCCUCAUUGUUGACAGUCGUAUCGGUGAUAUAAGCAAUAAUGAUGAGGGUGGCGGUACCGCUGACUCGCCAACUCUGACACACAUCCCAAGCUACGGAAGCAACGAAAUCUUCAGUAGCAGCGCCAACUUACUGCUCGAACUUACAACCAAUAUUAUCAAUCUGACACGGCAACAUAACGGCGAUAUCUUUCAUACGAUGGGCGUACACACUUGCAAUGCGGACACUUGCGUUGGCUUAUCGAGCGGUACGGCAGGCGUUGAUAUCUUAUCUGUAACUGGUGAAAAAGGUGGCAAUAGUGUCGCUACCAUUCAUUCUACGCUGACAGAUGUCGAUCACUUAGUUAGACGACCCAAAUUUCUAAAAUCUAAUGAGCGUACCGUUGCAAACGUGCCUUCUGAGGGUUGCCAGUGUCGUUGCUUACCUUAUUUAAGCACAUAUCGCGAGGAUUUAGGCAUUUGCGUCGAUGAUAUUCACGAAUGCACUCUUUCGCCGUUUGUAAGCGGUUCGGCGUCCGAGAAAAUCCCGUUUGUAUUUCUGCCAUUGCGCGGCCAAAUCAUUUACCCCAGUAGAGAAAUCAGUUUUCCAAAUAUUCGGACACCCGUGUGCGCAGUCACUGGUGCCCAAUAUCUCACCAAAAACGGCUGGUCCGAUCUGCGGAACCCCAUCGAUACGGACUAUCCAUUCCGCAUGUUUCGCGACGAAGGGCGUACUUUCUUGCAGUGGUUGGGUGAGCCGGAUUUGCGCCACAAAAUGCAAGGUCGACUCAUUGUUGUGCAUUUAGUCUGCCGCGAUAUGACAAUUUCUUUGAAUUCCACUAGCAAAGAACACAUGUUGCUACCAAAGAAUGUCUACUCACCUUGUGUCGCCUUUCGCGUCAAUGGCACACCAGUUAAAUACACUCACAAUGUCUCGGAGGUCCUCUUUCAAUCGGAAGCUACUUCAACACUGGCCUCCACUUCGGACGGCAUGUCCACCAAAGAGUAUGUGGUAAUCGCCGUUUGCAGUCUGUUACUAGGCCUUAUUUAUGUAGCUUCCGUAUUUCUAUACCUGCACAUGAAAAAGCGAAAAGGUCGUCAUCAAUCGUCGCACACACGCAACUCUCUUGACGACAUGGCCAAUGAAAUAAACUAUCCUAAAAAUGAUCAAGUGACAUUCGGCGCACCUUUCAAUCGCAGUGGAAGCAUUUACUCAGCCACUAGCAUGGGCACAUCAAAUGAGCCACGUUCACGCACCAGCAUUGGAAGUUUGAAAGAGGAGAUGGGCAUCAUCAAGAGUAACCCCUUGUUACAACACUUUCCUCAAUUGAACGAACAUAAUUCGGGCUUUGCUAGCGACAUAUCGAAUUCGAAUUCCGAGUGCGAAAUGGAUGGUACCUUGCAAGAAAAACUCAAACAGAUGCAGACUUCGGCGCUGGUGCAUCCACAAUUGGGAGGUAUGGGAAAGUUGCACAACAGCUCACCGAACGGUUCGCCGAAGAACGCGAAAGAUCAGUCGAUUGUUGAGAACACGAACGAGCCGCCAUUAUCAUCGUCGCCCACACAAGAGACGGAAUGCUUGCCGGUAGAGAAUGUUUCGAUUGUUGAGGAUAUGAUGACCGAGGAGAAAUUGGAACACUUGAGGCAAAUGAUGAACGGUAGUGUGCGUAAGAAGCUUUACUUUAACCCCGCCUACUUUGAACCACAUUUACUGGCGCAACCUCCACCCGCUGCCAUAGAAUUUUUACACAAAAUACGUGAGGUAAUUGCAAUAGCGAAAUAUAAAAUGGCUACGAAAAGAUACCAACCGUCGCUUAUUAUGAUACCUGAAGAGGGGACACAACGCUCUGACACAGCCUCUCUGUAUAGUUCACACCGCCAACAGUCGCCAUCCGAGUGCCAAGGCUGUGCGAAUAAUCGUUGCAGCGGUCACGUGAAAAAUUGCGGCGACAAGCGAAAUAGCAUCGAAAAGUGGUUGCAAACGGUGACUAGCAAUGAGGGUGCCGGUAACAGUGAGAACACUGGGACGCAACCCUCCAGCAGUACCAAUGAACAGCCACAGACAAUUAAGGUACAAUCAUUAGAACAGCACCAACAGCUACUAAACGAAAACAUCAGGCGCCAGUCGCUAAGCAGUUCUUCGCCAUCGCUCGCAAGUCUCCCACAUAGUUGCGGCCCUCAACGUAGUCCUUUAAGUAAGGAGGCUACGUCACCCAAGCAACGCCCACCACCACCUCCGGCACCCACUGGUGGCGCAGAUAGAAUUGACAAUAUUAAACGCCAUACAGUCAACACAAGACCGACUGCAUACGAGUCACCUGUAAGUGACAUAGAUAAUAUUAAAAGUACGUCGUCGCUUUCCUACCAGCUUUAUUGCACCAGUGUUUCUACAGACAACUCUACCAAUACAUCCAUUAAUAGUAAUUACAGUAAGGCAUUCUCUGCGAUCUCUGCUGCAGCCAAUAUAUAUGGUUUCGCAGAAACUGGCAGCGAGAUUUACAAUAAUCCCAAAUUUUCACUUCAUGACUCUCCAUGUUCAUCACAACGUGGACUAAAUUUCGCUUCUCAUCGAACAAAGUCCAAUGUAGUAGGCAAAAAGAGCGAUAUUCUUGACAUCUAUGAGCCAUCUUCCGCCAGCAAUUCACAUUGUUCCUCCGGGCGUCAGCAAUAUGAUAUUUUGCGCAAUUCGCUCAAUCGUGAGUAUAUUGCUGCAUUUAAUGCCAGUACCGGUUUCCAUUUGGAUAUACCAACACCGGACUAUGAUAGUACAAUUGAAAAGAAAAUUAAAGACAUUUAUAACAAUACACAGAGCAGUGUACCAUCGGUACCAACACCUGACUACAGCACCCUGAGUAGCAAAUCGCUCAAACAAUUUCAACCCGAUUCGCCGAUUUAUAGACGGAAAUCACCACAAUAUCUAAUUGUGGAUUACGAGACCGAUAGUCUAGAGCGACUGGAGGCCACUAAGCGUAAAAGCUCUCAGUCGUCUUCGUCUCCUUCAUCCGAUGUGAGCUCUCAGCUCAGCCCUAGUCUAAGCACAGCAUUACCGCUUGAGGAAGAAUUAGAGAUUAGUCACACAGUCUACGACAAAUCAAAGGGGUUUCGCCCAGAGCCUGGGCUGAAGAAAAAAACUUUAAACAAGUCGGACAGCGAUAGCAGUAAACAGAAAGAAAUAGCAGCACGUAUUAAAUAUGAUACACCAUUUCGGGGUAGUAUGACCAUUGAAGUAGAACAUGAACCCCAAUCAGAUAUCGAACGCUCUACAGAUAGCGAUCAAUUUGAGCCUGACACAUUAGAUCGCAAGCCGAAGAAGCAAAGCUUCUGUGAUGUGAACGCCUGGCCAUUACAGGCCUUGAAAAAGAUUCAAAAUGGAGAUCAGCUAAAUAACUACACCUCGCUGCCAGUGAUGGGCUUGCAUGAAACGCAUAACGACAUGCAUGGACAUCAAUCACCAUUAAUCUUGCAUUCAAGUAGUUCAUUUCGUAGUCAUAGCAGCCAUGGCAGCGGGGCUUUUCCGGCUUACGAAAGCCACGUAUCGCCACGUACAAGAGAAAUAGUCAACGAGCUGAAUGAUGAACAAAGGCCCAACAUCAAUAGCUUACGAGAGAUUUAUCAAUCGCCAUUGGUACGACAAAAUAGUCAAACAAGCUGUAAGUGUGGAGGUCAAUAUGCUAGCGCACAAGAGCUAGAUUUAAGUAAUGAGCAAGGACGAUUACUUACGCUCGAGGCUAAACAAAAGCGGCGUCAACAAAUCGUUGAAUCACCUGUAUCACCACCGCCAGCCACAAACAUAGAGAUUUCAAAUGCAGCAUCUAACAAAACGACCAUUAAAAUUAGUACACCGAAACUUCGACGCGUUGCAGAAGCUGCAGUAAUCAGCCCUCAGGUACAUUCUCCAACGACUACGCCGCCCCCACCUCUUAAGAACUUUUCUGCAUCGUCAAAGAGUUUCUACGAGCUAUCAAAAAACGUAAAAGCAGCGCUUACACCAAUGCCUACCGCAAGCCAAACGCCCUCACCUACUCCCAGCAGUACCCUGAACAGCACAACUACCAGCAAAGCGUCAUCUUCAUUCCUGGGACAAAAGAAACGCAUCAGUCGUUCACCGCCACCCUUGCCUCCACCACCUCCACCCAGUACCGCAUCCACCACGUUGACAAGUCAGCGGAGUCACGGCUCUACCCGGCACUCACACUACGACCAUCAUUACCAGAACCACAACCGCCAACACUUUGUUCAUCAUUCCACCACCAGUACAAAUGCUACAACAACAACCACUGAAGAGGAGACAACAAGCAAUCAUAGCGAAUCCACCGAGAUCACCGGUGUAUCCGAUAACCUACCCAACUCAGAAUUUGAUGGUUCAUGCAACAACACACUGUCCAGUGUUGCACAUGAUGAGCAAACAGAUAAACUGGGGCCAACUGAUUCCCAAGAAUAUUUGAGCUGUCGUCGCAGUAGCGUUAAUAACAGUAAUACGAAUACAAAUAAAAGCUGCCAACAGUUCCACAAUGACAAACAUUUAGACUCACCACCGACAAAAACAAAAUCUAAACACAUUGAAAGUGACUAUGGAACUAUGUUCAAUACGGAAAUCAACGGUUUGCGGGGUGACUAUAGCCUUACGAAGUACAUGAAUCGUCGAAAGACUGUAGAUACCGCUCAAGAAGAUCCGCUUUGCUGUAAGGAUAUCGAUACGCAGCUCGAAACCAACAAUAAUAUUAACAAUGUGAAAAUUUGCGAGCUAGAUAACAGCAAAUUAGACCUACUCUCGAUCGGUUCACGUUCGAAUCGUAGCAGCAGUCGACUGUCCGAUCGCACAAAGGAACUAUAUAGAAAUGCUGGAGUACCAGUCGGCAUAGCGUAUCCACAACGAAGCACAGCUUCAAAUAAUAAUAAUGCCAACUCAACGCCACCACCAUCUGCACAACCACCAAUAAGCACCAUACAAACAGUAUAUCAUUGUGAAAUCGAGCCUGUGCAGUUGACACAUGGAAUGCAAAUAGCAAUGGGCCUCAAAGAUCGCGCAAAAAAAGCUAAGGAUCUCAAGAAUGCAUGGAAAAAGUUCGUAAGCAUGGCUGCUUCUAAAUUUAGUCCAACACAUAGUCCAGCGCCUCCUUACGAUAAGAAGCCGCUCGGUUUUCUGGAUGUGCUUGACCGUGACGAAGGCAUCUCCUCGCUUAUUGACGAACAUCCACGAGUAUCUUCCCCAAAAAGUAGUUACUCAGCACCUGCCUCGCAUAAUUAUUAUGAACAGCGAUUUGGACCUCGUCUACAAGAAAUGGACAGCGGUUACAUGAGCGCCGAUUCGGGUGAAGUUCACAAGCGUAGCUUUUACGAUCGUUACAACUUCAAAAAGAUGUCCGGUCGUGAUCGCAUUAUACGCAUUGAUACAAUUGAAGAUAAUUCAGAUGGUGGCAGUACUUUAACCGAUCGUCACAACGGUAUGACGGCAUCUAUGCGGCGUGGUAGCAUUUUAGAUAGCAAUCGGUUUGAGGAUUUUGAACACAUGGGUGAACCACCGGAGAGUGAGGUGGCAGCAAUGGGAUGUAAUGCCACACCCUCGCAAGAAUCUCCGGAGGCAGACUCAAGCGAUGCUGAGUCUGAUAAGACACUGACUCAUUCGAGCGUCGCUCACUUAGAAACCCCGCAUAUGAAUGCUUUAAAUGUAUACUCAUCUGAGGAAGAAGAGCAGCAGAGAGACAGGAAAAGUCCAUCAUAUGGCUCCUCGGAGACGGAUGGUGAGACAAAUGCGGAAGAUAUGUGGGAAUCGGGUGCGGAAAGCAUUGAAACUCAUUCUGUACUGUACAAAAAUGUUAGAAAUAGUUGAACACUUCUUACGUUACGUUAAGCUAAAGGGAGUAUUCUAAUCUAGAUUUCCAAAUUUCGAGCAAUUGAUAAGAAAAUGCAAUUAACGGUAAAUCCACUUUUUUCAUAUUUCAUAAGUACAGAAAAUAAAUUUUAAAAAAAUCAUAAAGUUAUGUUUCCUCGUACCAUAACGUAUUUUGAUAAAUAUUUUCAUAAUUGUGUGUGGUUAAUACAAUAAAAAGAUAUUUUAAAAAUAUGAAUGCCAAAUCUCAAGUAAAUCGGUGAUUGGAACUUGUGAUAUCGUGACGACCAUAUCAAAAAGUAGUUUCGAAAAAAUCUCGUUUAAAAUGUCAACGUUUGCUAUAACCAGUCAGGAUGCCAAGUAAAAAUUUUAGAAAAUAAUUUUAAUUACGAAAAAGAAUUUUCAUAAAGAUAUUUUUAAAUAUUUCAACAAUCGAAAUAUGAAAAAGUUUUCCAUCCCCUAAAAUUAUUUGCAAAGCAGCAGGGUCCUGAAAUUUAUGUGAAAAAUUUAACGAACACAAUGUACUAGAAUUGACUAGAACUGACCAACAGAUAAAAGACUAAUUACAAGUUUUCUUGUUCUUACACUGUUUCGUUUAGCUUUAGAUAAAUGUAGUUUAAACCAACUUUAAAACACUGUGCAAAAAACUUGUGCAAUAUUAAAAAAAAAAAAUCAAGUGCAAUAACAAAGGUCAUAUCCUUCAGGAUGGUGAGGCAUCAAACAUUUUUACUGUAGCCCAAAUAUGUACAGUUAAGUUAGUUCGUUGAGAGAAAGAGGCGGUAGGGUGCACUUGUUGUAGACUUUAAACGAACAAUGUGAUAUUUUCCGUUGUCUUUGGCCGGAAACGUGCAAUCAAUCUGUAGCCACUAAGUGCAAUAAAAAAGAUGUAUCGAUAAUAAUAUUCUUAUUAACAAAGGGUACUGAUAUAAAUUUAUUUAAAAGUAAGCAUUUAUUGAAAUAAUAAAAUUAUAAUUAAUUAAAAUUAAUAGAUACUUUAGACUAUAUAAACAAUGCAGGCGCAGCUAUGAAUUCCAAAUAGUCCAGUAAAAGGAGCGGGUAUUGGCAGGAUACUUAUAGUAAAUAUAGCAUUCAACAACUCACUUUUCAGUAAUAAAAUUUCAACUUUUAGUGGAUUAUGUUUUAUUUUAUUAAAAUAGAGUAUUGCAUAAGUUAGCACAAACGAAUUUGAUUUUACGAACUUUAGAC